GCUAAUUUGAAUAAAGGAUUCAAUGUUGUUUUGCAAGGUUUAUUUGUUUAGUCUUGCAUCUGCUCCGGACCCAUCAAAUAUGAGUAGCUGAUGCUAUGGAUUAUUAAUGCCGAAUUAUGUUUAGAUAAUAAUGUUGGGGUUAGCUAUGAUGUCUCCGAAACUUAUUUUGAAUGUCUCGGCCUGCGUUAGUCCUAGAGAAAGGAAGCCUGUAUCUUUAAUCAAGUACAGAAGUGAGUGAUUGACAGCUAGAAAUUGGAGCCGAUGAAACAGACAGGCGACCAAUGAGAAAGAUCCAUUAGAAAACACUGGAGGCCCCUGGAGGAGAAGCAAAGGAAAAACGAGUGAAUUGAGCACAAUCAUAGGUCUGGGCUGCCUUGAAAGGACUCUACAUCAACUAAUUCAUGCUAUUUACCAAAUCUGACGGGAAUAUUUAUAUGCGAUCGCUCUGCACCCAUUCAGGCUGACCGGGUCCAGCAAGGCACAGUCUAUCCAUCUAAAUGCUGAAGAGUAGGACGAGCUAAGAGUUUGCGAUGAGCUGCGGAAUCGACGGAUACUACGACCAGCAAGUGCCUUACAUGAUAACAACUCCUAAGCCACAUGGAGGGAAGUGUAGUGAAAGGACAACAAGUGAAAGGAAAAGGAAAUUCAUUGAUACAGAUUUAGCUCAAGAUUCAGAAGAACUCUUUCAGGAUUUGAGCCAGCUACAGGAAACCUGGCUCGCAGAAGCUCAAGUCCCUGACAAUGAUGAACAGUUUGUGCCAGAUUUCCAGUCUGAAAACUAUCCUUUCCACAAACCCUGCACCAACUCCACGCAGCAGCUCAAAGGACAUUCUUGCCUUGUCACUGGAAGCUGGUCACAAAUGGUGGCUUUUCAUGGCCUCCCUCUAAAAAUCAAGAAGGAACCACAGAGUCCCUGUUCUGAGCUGAGUACUGCCUGCAGCCAUGAGCAACCUUUCAAGUUUAGUUAUGGGGAAAAGUGCCUGUAUAAUGUCAGUGCCUACGAUCAGAAGCCACCCGCAGGAUUGAAACCCUCUAACCCGCCAACCCCAUCCAGCACACCAGUCUCCCCUUUGCACCAUGGCUCACCUAAUCCUGCAGCAACUCCCAAACCGGACCGGAGUUUUCCAGCUCAUCUGCCUACCACCCAGCCCAUUCCAGAGAAUGCCUAUCCAAUGGAUCCUAGAUUCCGGCGUCAGCUUUCAGAGCCGUGCCAUUCGUUCCCACCUCCUCAUGGGCUGCCCAGGGAAGGUCGUCCGAUGUACCAGAGGCAAUUGUCUGAGCCCAACAUCCCUUUUCCCCCUCAGGGCUUCAAACAGGAAUAUCAUGAUCCAGUCUAUGAACAUGCCACCAUGAUUAGUGGGCCAACAAACCAGAGUUUUCCGCAGCCGAUGAUGAUUAAGCAAGAACCACGAGAUUACGCAUAUGAUUCAGGUUGCAUGUAUGAAAAGGGUCCCAGACAUUUUUAUGAUGACACCUGUGUUGUGCCUGAAAAGUUUGACAGAGCACGAGGCCGCACUGAUGCAGUCAACAAUAGAGCUGAGAAAGAGGUAAGGGAUUGUUUCAGUGUAGUUGCAGAAGAGGUACUGUUCUACAAAUUCUACAAAAAGGCAAGCAUAGAUCAGGCCCAUGUAGCGCGACGUUGGGGAAUCCAGAAGAAUCGUCCUGCUAUGAAUUACGACAAGCUGAGCCGCUCACUGCGCUAUUACUAUGAGAAGGGCAUCAUGCAGAAAGUCGCGGGAGAAAGAUAUGUGUAUAAAUUUGUCUGUGAUCCAGAAGCGCUUUUCUCGAUGGCUUUCCCAGACAACCAGAGGCCAGUGCUGAAAACUGAUAUUGAGCGCCAUAUCAACGAAGAGGACACAGUCCCUCUCUCCCAUUUUGAUGAGAACAUGGCCUAUAUACAAGAGAGUGGCUGUUGCAAUCCCCAUCCAUACAAUGAAGCCUAUGUGUACUGAUGCAACCAAUUUGGGGCAGUCACUCCGUGUUUGUUUUCUUUUCUCUAUUAUUUUCCUCUGUAGACCAUGACCCAGGAUUUACUUCAUCUCUUCAGCAUCUCUGACAUCAAGCAGUGGGUCCACGGUUUCUGUCGCAUUAACCCCAUGGUCCACCACCAGGGACAGUGCACUUUAUGAAAAGACUCAUUCGAGUUCUACAUGUUUUUUUCAGGGUA